AUGCUGCACAGAAUAGUGGACUUUAGCGUCAGAGACGUGCGGUUCCCGACGUCUGCGGAGCAGCAUGGAUCAGACGCGAUGCACACUGACCCGGAUUACUCUGCUGCAUAUGUCGUUAUAACCACAGACAGUAAAGUGCAGGGCUUUGGCCUCACUUUCACUUUGGGGAAAGGCACUGACAUCGUGGUUUGUGCUGUGAAAGCUCUGUCCGGCCUGGUCAUUGGAAAGUUCUUACAAGAUAUCGUAGGAGACUUUCGAGGAUUUUACCGCCUCCUGAGCAGUGACAGUCAAAUGAGAUGGUUGGGCCCAGAGAAGGGGGUCAUUCAUCUGGCCACAGCCGCGGUCCUGAAUGCAGUGUGGGAUCUGUGGGCCCGAACUGAAGGCAAGCCUCUUUGGAAGCUACUUGUUGACAUGGAUCCAAAGCAGAUCGUCUCAUGCAUCGACUUCAGAUACAUCACUGACGCGCUGACGGAGGAGGAGGCUUUGGACAUCUUGAUGAAAGCACAAGAGGACAAACAGCAUAGAGAGGAGCAGAUGCUGAAAAAGGGCUACCCCGCUUACACCACGUCCUGUGCCUGGCUUGGCUACACAGACGAACAACUUAAACAGCUGUGCACAGAUGCUUUCAAAAGUGGCUGGACCAAGUUUAAGGUCAAGGUCGGGGCAGAUAUAGAAGAUGAUAAACGCCGCUGUGGUCUCAUCAGACACAUGAUCGGACCACAAAACACACUGAUGAUAGAUGCCAACCAGAGAUGGGACGUGUCGGAGGCGAUCAGCUGGGUCUCAGAACUGUCAGAGUUCAGACCCUUGUGGAUCGAGGAGCCCACUUCUCCAGACGACAUUUUGGGACACGCUGCCAUCUCCAAAGCUUUGGGGACGCUGGGAAUUGGAGUAGCUUCAGGAGAGCAGUGUCAAAACAGAGUCAUGUUUAAGCAGUUCCUUCAGGCUGCGGCUCUACAGUUUGUUCAGAUCGACAGCUGCCGACUGGGAAGUGUGAAUGAAAACCUUGCUGUGAUACUGAUGGCACACAAGUUUAGAGUGCCAGUUUGUCCACACGCUGGAGGAGUGGGCCUGUGUGAACUUGUGCAACACUUAAUCUUAUUCGACUACAUAAGUGUGUCAGCCGACCUCCAUAACAGGAUGUGUGAAUACGUGGAUCAUCUACAUGAGCAUUUCACAUGCCCAGCUAUAAUUGAGAAAGCUCAUUACAUGCCCCCAAAGAAUCCUGGUUAUUCUUGCGAGAUGCUGGAGUCCUCAGUCGUGAAACACCAAUACCCAGAUGGAGAAGUUUGGAGAAAGAAAAUAGCAUAA